AUGGAGAGCCGAAAGGACAUGGUUAUGUUUUUGGAUGGGGGUCAGCUUGGCAGUCUGGUUGGUAAGAGGGUUUCUAAUUUGUCCGAAGCCGUGAGCAGCCCGCUGCCUGAACCGCCAGAGAAGAUGGUGCCCCACGGUUGCCUGAGCCCGCGAGCCGGCCCUCCGACUUCCCGGGAGCGUGGCGGGGGAGGCCAGGAGGAGGAGCCGGUGGAUGGACUAGCAGGCAGCGCUGCAGGGCUGGGCGCCGAGCCACGGUCUGCUGGAGCGGCCAUGCUUGGCCCGGGACCCCCAGUCCCCUCCGCGGACAGCCUCUCUGGCCAAGGGCAACCUAGUAGCUCAGACACCGAGUCGGAUUUCUAUGAAGAAAUCGAGGUGAGCUGCACCCCGGACUGCGCCACCGGGAACGCCGAGUACCAGCACAGCAAAGCGCCAGACUCCGAUGCACUGGGCAGCAGUCCUAACAGUGGCAGCGAGGCCCCCAAGAGUAACGGUGGCAGCGGCGGCAGCGGCUCACAAGGCACCCUGGCCUGCAGCGCCAGUGACCAGAUGCGCCGAUACCGCACGGCCUUUACCAGGGAGCAGAUUGCAAGGCUGGAGAAAGAGUUCUACAGGGAGAACUACGUUUCAAGACCGCGGAGAUGCGAGUUGGCAGCAGCCCUAAACCUUCCUGAAACUACCAUCAAGGUGUGGUUUCAGAACCGACGCAUGAAGGACAAGCGACAGCGGCUGGCCAUGACGUGGCCGCACCCAGCCGACCCCGCCUUCUACACCUACAUGAUGAGCCACGCGGCGGCCGCGGGCGGCCUGCCCUACCCCUUCCCGUCGCACCUGCCCCUGCCCUACUACUCGCCCGUGGGCCUGGGUGCCGCGUCCGCCGCCUCGGCCGCCGCUUCGCCCUUCAGCGGCCCCCUGCGCCCGCUCGACACCUUCCGCGUGCUCUCGCAGCCCUACCCGCGACCCGAACUGCUGUGCGCCUUCCGCCACCCACCGCUCUACCCCGGGCCGGCGCACGGACUGGGUGCCUCGGCCGGCGGCCCCUGCUCCUGCCUCGCCUGCCACAGCGGCCCCUCCAAUGGGCUGGCGCCGAGGGCCGCCGCCGCCUCAGACUUCACUUGUGCCUCCACCUCCCGCUCGGACUCCUUCCUCACGUUCGCCCCCUCUGUGCUCAGCAAGGCCUCCUCCGUGGCGUUGGACCAGAGAGAGGAGGUGCCCCUCACCAGAUAAGGGGGCGCCCUCAGGGCUGCCGGCUGCAGGACGUCAUGGGGUGGGGGUGGGGGGAGUCUUCGAGACUCCUCCAGGAUCCUACCUGUCACCUCUCGUCUCAGAUGAAGAGGGGAAAGGAUGUGGGGGGGACACCAUAAAGGACUCGGCCUAGAGGAUCCAGGAGCCCCAGAAGCGCAGUGAAUGUUGCUGCUUGGAGCAGGAAUGGGGUGGGAAAGGUUGAGAGAGCUUCCCCUGGGAUGGUCAGGCUUUGCCACCCUCCACAAAAGCACAACCCUGUCAGAGGUUGAGGCCUUGGUUCAACAGCUAACCGGCAACAACCCCACUCCCACAGCCCUCCUACCCUUCACCUGGGCCCCCCACUCUCCUGUCAAGGGCAAGCAUUGCGAAGGGAAAUCGCUGUUUCUUGGAACAAAAUGCUGUGUAUGCAGAGCAGGUAGAGAUUAAUCUUCAGCAGCUUUUCCAAAGCAUGCAGGGGGCUUGUUGGUGGCAACAAACCAGCCAUUUAGGGGAGAGAUGAUUUACUGCCAGGGACUCCAUCACACAGCAUCUUUUGGUUCUAGCCUCUACCAGCCCCUGACCUCUUCCCAUAUUCCUGGCUUUGUGACAUCUCACAACUUGCAGCUCCAGCCUUCUCCCUUUCGGUUUGGCAUUGGCAGAGAAGCUGCAGGGCCUCCAGUCUCCCCAGGCAGCUUCUGUGAGGCGAACCUCUUCUCCCUGAACCCAGCACACAGCCUGAUUAGCAAGUGAUGUGUGCGGAGGGUUUUUGAAUGUUGAAUGUAUGUAUAAUAAUGAACCCCACUCUGCUGGGCCACCAAGCCCGGAGCUGAGCCCUUAUAACAAGGCGCCCUGGGAAGAGCUUAGGGAAUGGAGACUUCUCACAUUCUUCUUUCAUUGUCUCCCCCAAUUGACACAGGGCCUUGGCUUUCCGCUGUCAGUACAAACCUUCAGCACCUCUGGAGGACCCUGUCUCUCCCCUUCACUGGGGUUCACUGGGGGAGCCACUUAUGAACUCCUGUACUCAUCCUUAUAGCCAGUGUUUGAGGAAAAGGACAACUUCAAGCAUCCCAUGCAAGCUUCACUCCACUG